ACCUCAGAGAAAGCAGUGACAACAAUGAGAUAGCAGGAAUUUGAUACGGGCUCGACUUCCCGGAUUAAAACUAUUAACAGGCGAUGACAGCAGGAGUUAGUCUGGACCAGGACCCGCUAUUGCUCGAGUUUAGCGUCGGUGUAGUCCGCGAGAAGACCCGGUUCGAUAUCCUGACUGAAUCCAUUUUUAAAGCUUAAAAAAACGCGCCUCUACUCUUGACCCUGAAUGUCUAAAUUACCAGGAAAUGCAGGUGUGCCGGUGCUCGGGGACAGGUCCCUGGAGUUCUACCGGGACCCCGUGAGUUUCUACCAACAGAGGAUCGAAAAGCACGGGAGCAGAGUGUUUCAGACCCGCGUGUUGAACAGACCUUCAACCUUCAUCUGCUCCGUGCAGGGAAUGAGAGAGCUACUGUGUCAGAAGUCCAAUGUGUUCCUGAAGGAUCCAACUGAUCUGAUGACCAACGUGUAUGGUGACACCGUUGUAACCACAAACGGUGAAGAAGCAUGUCUCCUCCGUCUGUCUCUCACUAGCCUGUUCUCAGGAACUUGUUUAGAAUCGUCUAGAGAUUACAUCACCAGUGUAUGUGAACGCCGUCUGAAGGACCUCCGUCUCAGUGGCCAGCCGGAGUGUGUGUACACGGCCUUUAAGAGACUCGGGACGGAGUUGGUGUUGGGCAUUUUUCUGAACGUACGAGCAGAGGAGCAGCCUGAACGUUUCCAGGAAGUCGCGGAGCUCUGCACACAACACUGGCAUGGCCUGAUCUCUGCUCCAGUCAGCCUGAAGGUCCCCCUGUGGUCGUCGGGUUUCUCCACCGCUAUGGACGCCAGGGACAAACUGAUGGACAUCAUCAAAGACAAGCUGGAAAAUGACACACAGGGUUUUGUCGGCACUCUCGGUUCUUUGCCGCUGCCCGACUCCAGCUCUGGUGCCCAGCACCUCCUGCUGUUCAUCUCGGCGCUCAUUCCCAAAGCCCUGGCAUCGCUGCUCACCUCCUUCACAGUGGCACUCAGUGGAAACGAACAGAUGGAGGUCCGUCGUCAGGCCGUAGAAGACCCCGAUUACCUUCACAGAGUGCUGCUGGAGGUGCAGAGACUGUGGCCGCCUUUCAUUGGUGGACGCCGACUAGCAGAUCAGGACACCACCCUCGCGGGGUUUGAAGUCCCAAAAGACUACGGUGCGAUCUAUAUCAGCCACGCUGUCCACCGUGACCCGGAGGUGUUCCAUCAGCCUGACGAGUUCCUGCCGGAGAGAUGGAGCGGGAGGAAUGCAGGCCAGGAGCAUUUCCUGUGUUCGUUUGGCAACGGGUCCAGGAGCUGCAUCGGAGUUAAACUUACUAAUGUCUUCCUCAAGGAAGCUUGCACGUACCUGUUAAAGCACUAUGACUGGUGUUUGGACCCUCCGUCUCAGGACCUCGAGUACAAAUGGCUGCCCGUGUCUCGCCCCGCCAACCCCCCCACCAUCUCCUUCACCCAGCUGAGUACGUCCGUCUAAAGUGACACCAGCUAGGGAUGCACAGUGCGUUUCAUGGUGUACCUGCCGCACACACCGAAAACCAAAUGUACUCUUACCAGAAUGUGGCGGUAAAACAUCUGAAGUGUGUCUUAACGCAGGCAGAGGGCAGAUGGCAAACUGUGAGGCUUUCCCCUGCUGCGGGGAAUACAGUAAUCAUCCUGGGGAAAGCCGCGGAGUGUGCUAGUCUCAGUCUGUUUGUUCCUCUGCCAGAUAUGCUGCAGAUGAUUUAGCAAUGAGUCAUUCUUCCUUUGUUGAAUGUGACACUGCUAGACAAAAAUGUAUGCUCUGUAUUAUUAUUAUUAUUAUUUUUUUUUUUACAUUUUUCUACAUUUUAAAAAGGUUUUAAAAGAUUCACAACACCCACUACGUGAAAGUCUUUGUCUCACUGAACUGUAAUGAAUAUUAUACAUCAAAAAUUGCAUCUAGGUUGAAUUCCUCCCUUUUUUUUCCAAAUCUGCAUCUUCGCUGAGGUGGAAAUCGCAUUUUUCCCUUCGCUGCAGUAUCAAUAUUCAGACCGAUAAAGACGAGAAAACACACAAAAACAGAGGUAAACCCUCAGAUUCCAUCACUGACGGCAAACCUGUCUCGCCCCUCUCCCCCGACCCCCACCCGCCACCUAGCAACCACCACUGCCUAGCAACGGUUCGUCAUACCGGCACCGACUUGCCUCCUUUUAGUAUGCAAGACACACACACACACACACACGAACACACACUAACCUGGUUAUUUUUGAAAGCGUUCAGUUGGCAUCUGAAUCUAAGGUAAACAAUGGUAGAAGGCAUUUCAAGCAACCUCAAUGAUUUGAAUGAAGACUUGAGCUAUUUUGUGUUACAAUAUUGAUAAGAUUUAGUUUUAGGAUGAUAUUUAUUCAUGUGCAACUUAAGUACUUGUGUGUCUUAUCACAUGCAGUGUCUAUAAAGAGUGUUCACCCCUUUUAUUGCUUUUAUAAACAGUGUAAUAUAAGUUGGCUUUUUGUGACAAACAAUAUAUGAAUUCUUGUGAAUAUGGAUUUUUAUAGAGUAAUGUAAUUUACCAGCCAGUCAACCAGGAGCUUCUGCUGAGAAGCAUGAUGCUGCCACCACCAUGUGUCACUGUGAGGAUGGUGUGUUUGGGCUGAUGCAGCGAUGUCCAAAAGUUCAAUUUUGGUCAAAUCAAACCAAAGUUUCUUCUUUCAGUUGACCCUGAAGACUCCCAUGAUUUACCAUCGGCUUUCUCCUCAAGGGCAUCUCUUUUAGCUCCAUCAGAGUGACCAUAGGUGUCCACAUUGUCACGCAACUUGUGAGGAUAAUUUAUUCCAUAUUGUAUAUUUUAAUUAAUUGAACAUCUGUCACUCAUAUUCACCGUGAUUCCAUUUAUAAAAGCAAUAACAUUCAAAUAGGGAAACACUUUUUAUGGGCACCGAAGAUGUUUUGUGUAUAUUUGUGUUUGGCUUUCGUUCAGCUGUGUUUAGUUGAAUGUGUCUUUGUUUUGUUUUAAAUUUUAAUGUAUAAUUUUAUAAUACUGUGACACUUAGUAGUUAUAAUCAAUCUUGAGUUGCUGUUGCUUCAUUAUCUUCUUGUUUCAUAGCAGCUUCAUGGUGCAUUUCUGCCAUCUUCUGAAAUUCCAUCUUCUGAGACUGCUGAUGAGAGAAGAUCUUAUGACAUGCAGUAUACUUCUAUUUAUUGGUCGCAUCUCUUGGCACAUUUUACAUUUUUCCAGCCAAUCAUUCUUGUGAUAAAAUUUAAUUCCAAUGUAGACGUAUUGGUUACCUCUCCUGUCUAUUAUUAGAACCUCUUGUUUAUUCAGCAGUUAUACUUUUCUGUCCAUAGGGAGUCCCGAACCACUAACCUCAUUUCAAGCAUCAUGUGAUUAUAUCAGCAAUUUAAUAAGUCUUUUAUAAUAAUGUGAAUGGAUUGGCUGGCAAUAAAAUCAUUCUUCACUUUUUCAAAUUGCA